UUACGCCCUCGGUCUGACCCCCACACUCUCCAUCGCGCUGCUUCGGAUACCUCCUCCUCCUCUGCCCUCGGAGAUCGCCAGCAUAAGCUUAGGGCCCGGUCAAGUGUAGAAGGGCGCUUCAUCGUGGGUCUUUGCUCGGUACGCGGGUCUUGCUGGUGCCGAAGAAGGUGCAAAAGUAGCCAUUGCCUGCCACGCAAAGAUUCUUUCUCGGGCGUCGUUUGAGGGACUCACGCAAGCCCGCCUACCCUACAUCGACCAUCAGCCAAUCCCAUUGUCGCUGCAAACGGCCUAUCGAGACGCUGCAGUGACCAUGGCUUCAUGCUGUCAAGUCCGAUCUGCUUCGAGCGCUUCUCUAGCGUCCGCGACUAGCCCUUUAGCAUUCCCAGCAACGCACUCCACGGCAAGCUCUCCAGCUUCGGCCUCAUCUCACACAUCGACGGCGCGCACUCUAGCGGGUGAGUCAGGCUCCGGCGCCAAUUCACCCAGCGCUGUAUCUUCGAUGCCUGGCUCCUCUUCGGGACUUGCCAAAAAGCCUCAUGGCGCUGCUGGAUCAUCAGAGAUCAAGCGAUCAGGCGUCGACGCCCCAGCGCGAGAAGUCACAUUGACCAAUCUCCCACCGAAUGCGGUGCUACCGCCAAGAUCUGCUUGCGAGUCUUGCAGGUCUCGAAAGUUGAAAUGCGAUGGAUCUGCAAAGUGCGCGCGGUGCAUCGAGGAGGGCAAAGAUUGCGUGUACAAAAUACGCAAGCCGAUCGGCCGACCCAAGAAGAGAAAAGGUACGGAGAACGACAUGGAGGAUGAGCCUCGACCUUCACCCUCCAGCUCAAACGGUGGAGCACAGCGAGCCAAAGGGAAGAUGAGCGGGCAUUUGCAAUCCCCUGCUGGGCCCUUGAGCCACACGCUCAAGGGCGAAGAAGGCAGCAAAAAACAGCGCUCGGACAACAGACAGUCGGUCUCCGUGGCAUCUCCUGGCUAUCCCGCCACUCCUUCGCACGAGCAAGCUUACCAAGGCGGCUCCUUUCAAUCGCCAAAGGCCCCUUACAGCGUGUCGCAGGUACCUGCAGAAUGGGAUUACAGGCACCCGGGCGCUGCAUCAAGUGGAACGACCUCCACAGCCGCGACUACCUCCUCACAAGCUUCGCCCUGGUCGAGCAUGUCUUCAGCGGAUACAAGCUUGAACAGUGAAGUGGGCUUCCCGCAUCUAGGUGCUGCAGGGGUUCUGGCGACGGCAAACUCUGCUUCACCGAAUCUCGACAAUCUGGCGGUUGCAGCUUUUCUUAACUCGCUCGAUACGCUAGAGAUUGGCAGUUCUGACGGUUUGACCACAGGCAUGAUCAAUGCUUGGCCUGAUUCACUAGCAACUGCGAACGACGCAUUCAGGAGCAAUGGUGGCCCUUCCUCUUCCUCUGCAGCUGCGGCGAUUGCCCCGACCACUCGGCACAGCAGCGCCAUGGACAAGGAUGUCAGCUAUGCGGUGCCUGCCGACUUUUCUUGGUGGAACCCGACGUGGCUGGAUCAGAGUGCCGGCUCAUCUCAUGGUGCGGCAGCUCAGAACCUCCUCGUUUCUGAGGCUACUCGUGAAGGUCAGCAGCGCAAUGUGAAGGGCUCUUCAGGAAGCACCUCGACCCUCGGCCUGACUGGUCAACCCGUCGAGCCUGCUUGGGAAAGUCCGCGGAGCUGGCCGAGGGGUAUUGACGGUGGUAUGGGUCAGGGCGAGCUUAGAACAUCGGAAGCAGUCUUUGUGGGCACUGGCUGGCAAGGUCAUGGUCGUCUUCGGGAGGAGGUGACUCAAGGGGACUCCGUCUCUCAGCAGCCGAGUCCGGCGAGCACAUCUAUCGUGACAGCUGGCGCGAAUGCUAUCAAGGAUGAGCAGUGUCCCGUAACGGGUGCUCCUGGUUGCUGCUGUGGCGCUCAAGGAGCGUCUUUACAGACUGGCCACGAAUCGUCGACACCGGGAACUGCAAAGGGAAGCAAAUCCGCCCCGUCUGUCGCUGAAUCUCGAUCGUCGCAUAGCCACAACAGCAGCAGCAGCAAAUCAUCUGGACACCGGGUGCACUGCGUGCCCAACCCCAGCGGCAAGGGAUGCACAUGUCUUUGCGACGUUUCGGUCGCGCUGCUCAGCGUUCGGGCCACGUUGCGAGCUGCUGACCAGACCGUCUCCAGCUCAUCUCAAUCGCAGCGCCGAGAUGGACGGAGCUCCAGCGGCAGCGCAAACUACAAUGCGGCUAGAGAGAGGGGUCAGACUUUGCACUUGACGCUGAGUGCCAGUCAAGCUGUUUCAGCCCAGUGCGCUUGUUCCGCUGAUUGCCCGACCUGCAGAUCGGACCCUAGCACGAAGAUGAGCGCUGGCCUGCUCGUCUCUACAGCCCUACAGAUCUACGCUAGAGCGGUCAGCACGCUGAGACAGGGUUUUGGUCUGAGCUCGGCAGCAGCAAGCUCGACGACGACGGCGACGCAGGGCUCUACGAGUACGCCUACGCCAGAGUGGGACAUACGAAUCGGGAGUUAUCGACCUUCGCCCGUGAAUGCGCGUCGUAUUGCGCUAUUUGCGAUGCGCUGCGAACUCAAGGAUCUUCGCGAUGCGCUGGGCAAGGUCUCGGCUGCUGCUGACCGCAGGACCAACUUGGUGGAACCGAUUGCGAACAGGUUGGAGCAGAGCCAGAGUCAAGGAUCGGAACGAGCAGAUGCGCAUCAAGCUUCGACGAAUGGCGAGCUGGAUGAGGAAGAGAGCAUCAAUCCUGUGGAUCAACUCGUCAUUCGCAAAUUGCACAGCCAGCUUGGAGAGCUGCUGAGGACUGUGGAGGAAUUGUCGACGGGCGAAGGAAGCUUGUAGGCCGUCUUUGCCAAAGGCGGCCCUGCGAAGUA